AUGUCUAGCCAUUCUUUUUCUCCCUGUGAAACUCCAGAACCAAUUCUGGAAUUUGACGCAAGGCCGGAGACUGUAUCUCCCACGCCAACAUUCCGUCGUCACUACUCGACGACAGUAUUCAGCGGAAAGCGCAUGCUAUACCGCAUACACCCAGAAUUGGGCCGUCUCUGUUGGCUAUUAGAGGACGUUGGGAAGCAGAGCAAUGUAUUGCUGAUGUAUGGAUCCGGGCGAGGAAAGCCCUUAUUGGAGCAACUAAAGGAGUUCCAACUGAGCUGCCACAAAGCAGCAUUUGUCCAUAAUGAGGACAAUUUAACUACUGAAUUGGAUAUGUGGGAUCUGCCCACGGACGUGCCGGAGCUCAGAGCAAUGGCUGAGCGGGAGCAGAGCCGAAUCAGCUCAUUGUUGGAGGAGGAGCUAAAAGAGCUGGAUGAGCGCACCGCUCAUGUGCGCGAGGUAUUGGAGGACCUGAACAGAGAGGAUCUGGCCGUGAGAAGCAAAAUUUUAGUUGAUCAGGCUUAA